AUGACCCAGCCCGAUUCUCCUUCUGCGUCUUCGCAUCCAGCCACCUCCACUUUUGAUCAACUCAUUCCUAUCAGCGUCGUUCAGCCCCCUCCCGUCCCUCCAUUAGAAAUGACCCAGCCAGCUUCUCCUUCUGCGUCUCCGCAUCCAGCCACCUCUACUUUUGAUCAACCCAUUCCUGCCAGCGUUGUUCAGCCCCCUCCCGUACCAGUUUUACGACGUUCUCAACGACAUCACAGUCCUCCACAUGCUUUACGUGAUUAUGUUUGCAACCAAGUAACGUCUCCCAAACCGUCGCCGUCUUCUUCGUCUGGUUCCACCAAAGGUACAAGGAUGUUGAGCCCAGCUCUUAUACAGAAGCAGCUUCCCAUUCACACUGGCAGGACGCCAUGCAAUCUGAAUUGGCAGCUUUAUAGGCCAAUCACACUUGGUCUCUCACUCCCCUCCCUCAUGGCAAGAAACCCAUUGGCUGUCGCUGGGUUUAUAAAAUCAAACGUCACUCAAAUGGCACCAUAG